CAGUGAUCUAUGAAACACAUCUAUCGCCAUCUCACGGCUAUUUUGAACUGAAGCAGUGCAGCCAUUGCUCUGAGAAAUGCCCAAGGAACAUCACAGCGAAUGGCGAGGUGAUAAUGCAAGCUGUAGAGCAGCUGAAGAAAAGGGGCAUGGUGGACAAGGUGACGGACAUGACGAUUCCUUCAGCGCACCGUCCCACAGAUCUGCAGAUGAAGCAGACUCUCCCAGAAAAGAUUCCGAUCAAUCCUGUUUUCAGUCGUUCAAAGAGGAGUACGAGGAGGUUGAACGCACUGCACCACUAACCACCCGCAAGAAGUUAACACGAAAGAGGUUCAAAGGUCAAAAUAGAGUUGGGCAGCAGCACAGGAGUAACAGGGUACCUGUCCUCGCCCCCCUCAAGCUCCUAGAUGGCACCAGUCAACGCAUAGCAUCAGCCCAUCAGAGGCACAACCAGCAGCUGAGCAAUGAGGUGUGGGAUCUGCAGCGGCAACUGCGCACCACCGUGCAGGAGAAUCGGCUACUCCAGCGUCUACAGUGCAGACACGCAGCUGCGCUGCUGCACUUCCAGGACAUCCAGGGCAGCCUGCCCCAACUGCUCCAUAAUCACAGCAGUGAGGUUAGAGCACUCCAGGAGCUCCUGCGCAGAGCUAAAACUCACAUCAACCUUCUCGCACGCAAGCUGCGGAGCACAGAGAGCGCACUGCUGCACACCCGCGACACGCUGCAGUGGCUACAGUGCCUCAGCAAGGACCAGAACCUGGAGGAGCGAGAGACCCUGACACAGCGCCUCACUGUACUCACUGUGGACUUGGAGAAGAAGAACAAAAGGAUUCAGGAUCUGGAGACAAACCUUGCGCUGAGCACUGCAUCAUUUAAUCGUCAAAUGAGCUCGGAAAUGAGAAAGACGAUGGAAGCCCGAGACCUGUCCCGACAUCUGGAGGAAUUAAUAAGUAAUUUAAUGCAGAAAAUCAAGGGGAUGGAGAAAGAAUUGGCGAACCAUGAUAUCUACUCGCACAGAUUUCUGAAAGGCAGUUUAAAGAAAGGGACAAAAGAAAGCAAAUUUGUUCAGACAGAACCUUUGUCACCUAUAGUACUUGAAACUCCUCCUCUCCUAAUGCAGACAGAGUAUCCACAAAAAGACAAUGAGAAGAAGCCUUGGUUUCACUUACAGGAGUUUGAUGCCAGUGAACCAGCAAAGGACAGGAGCAGUGAGGACAAACUGAUGCAGAAAGAUAAUGAGCAAACCUCUAAUGAGACACCUCCUGCGACAGAAGAGACCAAAUUAGUUCAAACUGAACCUUUGUCGUCUAUAGCAUUUGAAACUCCUCCUCUCUCACUGCAGAUAAAGUAUCCACAGAAAGACAUUGAGAAGAACGCUUGGGGAUUUGAUGCCAGUAAACCAGCAAAGGACAGGAGCAGUGAGGACGAACUGACGCACAAGGAAAAGGAGGAAACCUCUAAUGAGACACCUCCUGCGACAGAAGAGACCAAAUUAGUUCAAACUGAACCUUUGUCGUCUAUAGCAUUUGAAACUCCUCCUCUCUCACUGCAGAUAAAGUAUCCACAGAAAGACAUUGAGAAGAACGCUUGGAGAUUUGAUGCCAGUAAACCAGCAAAGGACAGGAGCAGUGAGGACGAACUGACGCACAAGGAAAAGGAGGAAACCUCUAAUGAGACACCUCCUGACAUUGGAAGGACUAGUGGCACUGAUGGAAUUAAGCUGGAGUAUGAUGCAGAGCAGGAAGAAAUGACAGCCAACCUCACUCAGGACUUAGCAUUUGAGGGGCACAAUUCACAAGAUAAUAAUGACCAGUUAGUUAUCACUCAGUCACCGUCAACAAAAAAGGCCACCAAAUCCCUAGGCAAGAAUAGACAGCAAUACAUAUUUAAAGAGACCAUCCUGAACCUACACAGUGGGACACCUGCUUAUGGAACAAGUCAAAGAUCUGGACCAAGGUUCCACAGAUGUAACAAACCCAAAGCCACUACCACCGUUCUUGACACUGGUACAUAUGACCCAUCAUUUUUUGUGCCAGCAUCCACAUCAUCAAUGAAGCAGGAGCCACAGCCAAUAGUGAGGCCAAGCAAUACCAAAAAGAACAACUUGAUGAAGGAACUGUUUGGUCAAGUAAAAUUGGUUGAGCAGAUGCCUGAUAAUAAACUAGACGCUGGCACUAAAUCCUCAGAUCCAACUAAUCUCAGAAUUUAAGAAGUUAAGCCAUGUGAAGGCUCUUAUCUUAGCCUGUUUAAUCAAUA